AUGUUGUUCGUUCUCUUAGGGUUGUGCUUCGUCCUGGCAAACGCCAACGUUGAAUAUCCUGAUGCUCUUGCAAAAUGUAUCACUUACAGAGCACAGAGUGACUGGUUUAGGAGUUUCAAUAGAAUGUACAACCCCAAUCUGGAAUGGAACAACGAACUCUCGUAUGAAGCUUGCUAUGACCUAGUGGGUAUAGAGCCCAAUAAUAUCUACGUAAGGUUGGACGGCCAAAGGAAGUUCUCUGGUGAAGAACGCAACUGGCCGCUCAGCAAGAAAGUGCGACUGGCGCUCAGAGCUGGAGGUGGAAAAGAUAAAGUGAACGCUCUCGCUCCAGAAACGAUAUAUGGAUGCAAUGGCUUGUUCGAAGGUGACAUCCUGAAAGUUUUGUGCCUCUACAGGGGUUAA